GUCAAGUCAACGUCAAGAGUGUCAAUUCGACAAAGUAUUUGAGUAUUUGUUUAUUUUUUCUGUGGUUGAUAAAAAAGUAAUUUUUAAUCAAUAUAUUAAUAAUUCUAUAAUUCAUUAUGGCGUUAAAUCCGCCUCUAAAUUACGGUAUUCAGAGUACCGCGGGUGCAGUCCCGGUGAGAAAUGAAAAGGGCGAACUGUCUAUGCAAAAAGUGAAAGUGCACAGAUAUGUGUCGGGAAAAAGGCCAGACUACGCUCAAGAUUUACCAUCUGAAAGCGACAGCGACGAAGAUGACUUUCUGGAAAGGAAACAGCAUUUAUUUAGAGAGCCUACACCGGAACCCGUCCUGAACAGCGACGAUGAAUUAAAUGAUCCUAGAUUGAAGCGAUUGAGAAAUGUCGAGCUGAACACUGAAGUACGCCCAGAAAGACGUAGGCAUGUGUUUGAAGCUGAAGUUUUGGAGUCUUCAUCUGAUGAAGAUGAUGAGGAAUACGAACAAAGCAUUGCAGCUGAUCAAAAGCAUACUUUAGAAGCUAAUCCAGACGAUGAAGCUUCAGAAGAGGAGCUCAGCGACGGCGAAAUUGAAAGGAGGAGAGAUGCAUUGAAAAACAAAAUAUCAAAGGUCCAUCAUCAAGAAGAACUAAUCAAAAAAGAAGAGGAACUUAGUUCAUCUGAAGAAGAGGAAUCUGAAGAAUAUACGGAUUCUGAAGAAGAAACUGGUCCUAGAUUGAAACCUGUGUUUGUAAGGAAGAAGGAUCGAGUCACUAUAAUUGAGAAGGAAAAGGAAACUAUAAAACAAAAAAGGCUUGAAGAAGAAGAGAUAAGAAAAGCUGAAGAAAGGAGGCGACAAACAUUACGUAUAGUUGAAGAUUUGAUAAGAAACAAAAAAGAAGAAAAAGACAAAGAUACAAACGAACCAAACUUGAAUGAUGUUUGCACUGAUGAUGAAAAUGAUGAAGUUGAAUAUGAAGCCUGGAAACUCAGAGAAUUGAAAAGGAUAAAACGUGACCGAGAAGAAAGAGAAGCCAUCGAAAGAGAAAAGAUGGAAAUUGAAAAAUUACGUACAAUGACUGAAGAAGAACGUCGCCUGGCACUGAGACUAAACCCAAAAACAGUCACCAACAAAGCUGCCAAAGGCAAAUACAAGUUUUUACAAAAGUACUAUCAUCGUGGUGCUUUCUAUUUGGACCGAGAGGAAGACGUUUUCAAAAGGGACUUUGCACAAGCCACUCUGGAAGAUCACUUUGAUAAAACAAUUUUACCCAAAGUUAUGCAAGUCAAAAACUUUGGCAGAUCUGGACGUACUAAAUAUACCCAUUUGGUUGAUCAAGACACGACACAAUUCGACUCGCCAUGGACCAAUGAAAAUCAACAGAAUACUAAGUUUCAUUCUACACAAGCUGGAGGUGUUAAGCAAGUGUUUGAGAAGCCAUCUUUGAAAAAAAAGAAGUCAUAGAUAUAAGCUGAGAAUAAUAUUAAUAGGUGUUAAAUAAAACUAAAUUAAUACUAGAAAAAAUCGCUUUUUUUUUUAUUUUUUUAUAAACAACAUUAUAGAUCGUACAUAUUUAUCUUAAAUAUACAAGUUUUCCCAUUGCAUUUAGAAGUAAAUGAACUUAAAUGUAAAUAGGGAAACUUGUACAAUACAACAAUUUGUUUUUUGGACCUAAAUAAUGAAGGUCGUUUCCUAAACUUUAAUGUAUGUAAUGUUCUUUGAACCAAAACUAUUUAAAAUUAAACAUUUCUAGUUGAAUGUGUUUGAAACAAUAAUGUAUAGAAUUUACAGGCAAAUAAUGAUGAGAAAGUAGAUUUGCAAAAAGUGUACAAAAUUUCAUGCAUUUUACGUGUUUUUGGACUGGUAACCAUAUUAUGGUUAAGGAUAUUUGAAAGAAAAUUUCAAGGAUGGAGCCUUUUGAGCUAGGAGCUGCCAGUUCAAUGUAAUGUCUAAUUAUUAUUUUGUGAUCCUUAUAAAAUUCAUGAAACUUGAGGCAAAUUAUUUUUUUGAUAAAAAUAGUGCUCUUCCUAAUACAUAGAAGACCUUUCUCACAUUUUCACAGUAGGUAUAUAACUCUUUGAUACAAAACUUCUCUCGAGUAGAUUCUCCCUUAAACGGACCAUGAAAAGUUGCCUUAUAUUUCCCCUUACUGCAUAAUCUUCUGGACUUUGCUCAAAGUCACUGGUACUAAACUGAUAGAAUUUGACAAUUUCAAAGGCCAAGAGAGAUUUAUUUUACUGUAUCUGAAAAUCUACAAAAUCUGUUGCAAUCAUUCACUUACGUAUACAUACUUUCGAUUGUAGGUAUUCCAGUAAACUAUAUAAAAAAAAACCCUCUAAGGAAUGUAUAAUCUUAAUUCUAAAAAAACUAUAAUAUAAAUAUAACAAAAAUAUUACUUCCAAUAUAGAUUAUACAUAGAAUAUGUAAAAAAAAAACAUUUUAAUGGAUUUGAUAUCACAUUCUCACUUAGAUUAGCUCUUUUAGGCUCUGAAUGGACUUUUUCAGCAGAUCCUGUUGCGCCCGGGCAUGUUUUAUUUCUAAUUCCGCCAACUCAAUUAAG